GAAAGACAAGGCUUGAGAAAGACAGACUCGGGAAGCCAGGAUGGAGAGAAAAAUAACCUAAACAUGUCUGUCUGAGGGAAAUGGACACAACAAAAUCCAGAGAAACGGAACUGAGUAGUGUCAUGGCGCCAGAGGAAACUGCCCCAGGUGACAUGAGUGAUAGAGAGCGAGAGGAAGAAAAAGAAACAGACAACGACACCUCAGAUGGAUUCUUUCCAGUUAUAUCAGCCAGCCAACGGAGGGCACAAGAGAAACACAGAUACAAUACUGUAGGCUAUCAGAAAAAGAAGCAGAGGGUGGCUGUGGACUUUUCUACAGUGAGCAAGGCAACAUCUACUGGUGUCAAGACCAGAGGUGCAUUAAUGCAAGUGUUUUUCAGCCAGGGAGUGUCUGACAAAAAUGCCACACAGGAGGAUCGAUCAGGUGGCAUACAGGGGCAGGUGGAUGCACUGAAGAAGGUUCUGGACUCUUUCACUGUACCAGCUGACCUGAGGUGGAUGUGGGGGGAGGGAGGUACUGAAACAGCACUGGAACAGACCUGGACUGAUAUAGUGCGCUCUCAUGAGUCUAUGUCGAAAACCCAAAGACACCAGCAGGAGGCGCUGUGGGAACUGCUGAAUACUGAGCUCACCUACAUCAACAAACUCAAUAUUGCUAAAGACCUCGUGCUGGCUGCACUGUCGCACUGUCAUGGAUAUGGAUUUCUUCAAGAUGUUAAACCUACAAUGCUCUUUUCCAAUCUUCCCUCUAUCCUUGAUGCACAUCAACUAUUUUGGCAGGAAGUGAUGUAUCCAAUGUUACAAGAGGUCCGUCUCACUGGACGACCUUUUGACCCCCUGAGACUUGAAGGAGGAUGUUUGCAGUUUCCUGAACGUUUCUCUGCAUACUUUAAAUACUGUUGGGAAGAGGAGAGAAACGUGGAGUUUACACGCAGACAGCUUGACACAAACCCACAAUUUCACACAUAUCUUACGUGGGUGGAAAAUCAUCCGCAGUGCGGGCGAAUGAGGCUGGGCGAUAUUCAGGCUAAACCUCACCAAAGAAUUACCAAAUACCCCCUUCUGCUAAAAGCUGUUCUGAAGACCACAGAAGACCUCCCCACCCAAAAUGCACUUCACAGAAUGUUGAAUGGUGUAAAUAAUUUUCUGGAAUCUAUCAAUGACUACCUACAAGUUAAAGAGGAUGAACUCGCCCUUUCUGUUGCUGCUCAUAGAAUAGAGGGAUACAAGAUCGAAGGUUUGAGUGAAGAAAUAGACAAGCAUGUUCGAGAGUACUGCUGCUUUGAUUUGACGAGCCCGAUGAGGGGGGUGGGGCCAAAGGUCAUACGUAAACAGUUAUUAGAAGAAACUUUGAAGGUCAGAGGAAGGAAGGACAAUAAGGAGCUUGUGGUCCUGCUCUUCACUGAUGUGCUGUUGAUGACUAAAACUCAGAAGAAAUCUGACAAGCUGAAGGUAGUGCGCCCCCCUCUGCCUCUGGAGAAAAUCCACUGCAUUGAGCUGAAAGAUGGCUAUUCAUUUGUGCUGGUGGAGGUUGGUGAUUUGGGUUGUGCUGUCAGUGUAUACUGUCUGUCCACACCCAGCCCAGACAGUUGCUCGUCAUGGUUGUCUGCUCUGCAUGAGGCUCAGAUGGCCUUAGACACCCUGAGGAAAAAUGAGGCAAACAAAACUCUGAAGACAACAGAAGAGACUGAGUUAAAUGGAUUAGAAAGAACUAUCACUGAGUGCAAACUGACCACUAAAGUCAAAGCUGAUUCUACUAGUCAGUCAGAUUCUUACAGUGAUUUUCAUCCAUUGAAGCGAAUGGAAAGUGUCUCUGAGAAUGGGACACAAACAUUAAAGGAAGUGGAAAAAAGUAAAGUUCAACAGGUGGUGGAGGGUAAGAGCUCUCCACUGAUUGAUCAACAGAAUGGUCAGAACCAUUCAGCUCAUGGAAGGAUUGCAAAAAUGGAUGAAAGUGUACUGACUGAUUCAGAGGAAUCAAAAACUGAAGGGAGCAAGAGAAGUAAUAGUAAUGGGAAGCAAUGGGAAGAUGGAGAUGCCCAAUUUAAGAAGAUUACAGAGAGGCGAGUUACAUGGAAUUCAAAGAACAUUACACAACGGGACUUAUUUGUGAAAAACCAGUCAAAUAGACCACAGUCUUUGUUGACUAGUGGACAUACUGAAAAAAAUGGUAUUGUUAGCCAACCCACACCAAGCACUUCUUUAUCAAACAAGAAUCAAACACAGUGUAGGGUAAUUCCAGAAAUAGACCUACAUCCGCAAGAUGAAGAAACCAAGAGGAAAUCUUUGUAUAGCCAAUCAGAGGAGGAUGAUGGGUUUCUCACAGAAUCCGGCAGAUUCUCCAGGAAGCUGAAGUCUCCCCGGUUACGUAGAAAGCGUCCCAAUAAUUUGCAACCUUCUGUCCCACCUGAUAGCUCCAGGAUGGGUUCAGGUGAGGAUGGAUCAUUGGACUUUACACCCAAAACAAACUCUAAUGUCAACCAGCCAAGGGAUUCCAACCCUUCCAUUAAACCUCAGGAUACCCAUCGAGUGUUAAAGCUGGGAUCUUUAAAGAACAACCACAGUGUCCUCUGGCAUGUUCCUGAAGUGAGAUCAUCACCAGAUCUACAGAACCUUUUUAAGCAUGAGCAAACAGAUGAUGGGAACCUUCAAACGAAACCCAAAUUGAAGGGACAGAGAAGGGUGUCCAUCCAAAACCCCCCUCCCUUUCUGCCUGGCCACAGACUCAGCACCUCGCCUCCGCCUGGUCUGGACUACCAGCUUCAACCUUCUCCUCUCCAGGAUUUGCUGCAGAGAGCAAAGGAGCGCGAAAAGGAACGUGGAUUGGGAAAACGUGAGGGAAAGGCAAAAGGGAGUACUUUUUCUCUCCAAAAUUCUCCAACACGCUCAGCCUCUCCAUCACCGUCAGCCAGUGAAGACGAGAGAGAGGUAGAGGAAGAGGAAUCAGGAGUAUGCAGUAUGAUUUUUGCAUGGAGAUGGAGAGAGGGAAAUGUGGACAGAUAUGAGGAUGUAACAAACGAGAGCAAUAAUGUCCCAGAGGGCAUCAGUGUGGACUGGCCAGGCUGGUGUUUUGACGACGAGGAGGUUUUUGACUUUCAGGACUUUGAUGAUGAAGACUGGUUUGAACAGACACUGACCACAAAUGACCCUCUGAGAUCAGAGCCAAAGGGAUCCGAGAGACAGGAUGAUGGAGAAUGCAGUGAGGUGUAGUUAUGUCUUUACUGAAGUGUGG